AUGUCAAGCAUCACAGGAAAGAAGUGCACACCUGUAAUACGAGGGCUGAUUCUGUGGGUUUUAUUGACCAACGUCAUGCUGGUGCUCUACUGCCUGACGAGCCCAACUCAAGUGACGAUCAGGGGCACGCAGGAGGAUACUUGUUCUCUCAGCAUGGCAAAAUUAUUGAAAAAUGUGAGCACCCCUUCUCAAAGCACCAAGUCAAAAGAGUGCUCCCCUGCAGUUAAUAUCAUGUUCAUGAAGACCCAUAAAACUGCUAGCAGCACUAUAAUCAACAUCCUCUUCAGAUUUGGGGAAAAGCACAAGCUGAAAUUCGCCUUACCUGAUGAGCGCAAUGACUUCUUCUACCCAUCGCCUUUCCAGUGCUCCCAGGUGAGGGACUACAGGCCUGGAGACUGUUUCAAUAUUGUUUGCAACCACAUGCGCUUCGACCACCAAGAAGUAGCCAAGCUCCUGCCUCCAGAUGCCGUGUACGUGACCAUCUUACGUGACCCUGUGGAUCUCUUCGAGUCGUCCUUCCACUAUUAUCACAGAGCAGUUCCUCUGACAUGGAGGAUCCAUGGGAAAAACAAACUGGCAGAGUUUCUAAACAAUCCUAAAACCUUCUACAGCCCAGAGGCUUACAACUCAUUCUACCUUAAAAAUCUGCUCUUUUUUGACUUUGGGUUUGAUAACAACGUCGAAGCUGAUGAUCCACAUGUGAUGAAGAACAUUCAUAACUUAUCGAAGCAUUUUGCUUUGGUCCUCAUAGCCGAAUAUUUUGAGGAGUCUCUCGUCCUGCUUAAGGACAUACUCUGUUGGACCAUGGAGGACAUUAUAUAUUUUAAGCUAAAUGCUCGCAAGAGCUCAUCGGUAUCCCGACUGACCCCUGAGUUCAGAGCCAAAGCUUUAGAUUGGAACGGGGCUGACUGGAGACUCUAUCAGCACUUUAAUGCCACUUUCUGGGCCAGAGUAGAGGCGUACGGGAGAGAGAGAAUGCAACAGGAGGUAAAUGAGCUAAGGAGAAGAAAUGCUGAGAUGAAAGCCAUCUGUAUCGAGGGAGGAGAUGCAGUUGAAGCUCAAAAGAUUCAGAACAGCCGUUUCCUGCCGUGGCAGCCAGUUGGAGAGUCUUCCAUCCUGGGGUACAACAUGAAGAAAGAUAUUGAUCCCGAAUUCAGGACAAUUUGCGAAAAAAUGCUCACACCAGAAAUCCAGUACUUAUCCGACUUGGGUGUAAGCCUACGGCUUACUCGACUCUGGGGUUGGUUAAAAGAUGCUGUUUUUACAGUUUGA